AUGUCGAAAGCAACUAGUGCGGCCACUGCCGAGAACCCUCGGAAAGACGCCAUCUUACACCUCGCCCGAGAUGACCACGCCAUGAUGAGCGCGUACGGCAAGGCCAGCUUUUCAGCCGUACGACAAAAUACCUACGUGACAGCAGUAGCAGCCUUCGCUGUCAUUGGUGCACUCUGCUUCGGCAUAGACCAAGGCCUGAUGUCCGUCAUCCUCGUAAUGAAGCAAUUCCAACAACAGUUCCCCGAGCUUGCAGACGGCGCACCAUCACAAGGGUUCUACAAGGGCCUGGUAACAGCCCUCCUCGAGCUGGGCGCCUUCAUCGGCGCCUUCGCAGCGCCCCACAUCUCGGAUCACCUGUCACGGCGAAUGGCUAUGCGCUUCGGCUGCUUUUUCUUCCUCGUCGGCGCGGCCAUCCAGACCGGAUCCAUGACAUACGACACCGUUGUCGCGGGCCGUUUCGUCGGCGGCAUCGGCAUCGGUUUGCUGUCGAGCACCAUGUCGGUCUACAUCAGCGAGAUCGCGCCGCCGAACAUGCGCGGUAUGCUGCUGGACCUCAAUGAAUUGUUUGUCGUGCUCGGAAUAGUAAUUGCGUACUGGACCUGCUUCGGCACCAGGUUCCUGGCCGGCGCCGCGUCGUUCCGCGUGCCGUUCGGUUUGCAGAUGGUCCCCGGCGUCAUCCUCCUGGUCGGCUCUUUCGCCAUGCCGGCUAGCCCGCGGUGGCUGGCCAUGAAGGGCCGCGACGACGAGGCCCUUGUCGUGCUUGCCAAGCUCCGCCAGCGCAGCACCGACGACAUCCUCGUCCAGGCUGAGUGGCUCGGCAUGCGGGCCGAGAACAGGGUCACUAGCGAGGUCCAGAUCGAGCGACACCCUACACUUCAGACUGGGACUUUCAAGGACAAGGUGAAGCUAGACCUAUGGGCCUGGGUUGAUACCUGGCGCCCCGGCUGCUGGCGUCGGACUCUGGUCUCGGUCCUUCUGUGCUUCUUUCAGCAGAUGAUCGGCAUCAACGCCCUCAUCUACUAUGCCCCAUCAAUGGUCGCCGCUCUGGGCUUCUCUUACGAGGAGCAGCUCGUCCAAUCUGGCAUCAUCAACGUGACACAACUGGCUGGCACGAUCAUUAGCUUCUUCUUGAUUGAUCGCCUCGGCAGGAAGCCCCUGCUUGUCCUUGGUUCAAUCGGCACCACCAUUUGCAUGGUCAUUGUUGGCGUCCUGAUUAAGCUUUUUGGCGAGUCUUGGUCCGCGCAUGGCGCCGAGGCCAAAUGCGCUCUUGCAUUUCUCAACCUGUACAUGGUCAUCUUCGGUUUCAGCUGGGGCCCAGUUCCUUGGGCCAUGCCAUCCGAACUCUUCAGCUCAUCCCUGCGUGCACGUGGCGUCGCCUGGUCGGCAAUGUCAAUUUGGUUGUUCAACUUCAUCGUCGGUCUCAUCGUCCCUCCCAUGCUGGAGAGCAUCGGCUGGGGAACCUUCAUCUUCUUCGCCGCCUUUGCCACUCUCGCCGGAAUCUGGACCCUCUUCUGUGUCCCUGAGACCAAAGACAAGACCCUCGAGCAGCUGGACAGGCUUUUCAAUGAUGCAACUGGGCAGAAAGACGAGGAGCGCCGGCAACGCAUCCUAGCUGGUCUUGCGGUGGAGAUAUACGGGCAAGGGGGACGAAAGCUCACGGGAGAUACUAGCUCAGACUCUAGCUCAGAUAAAAUCCGUGUGGAGAGACAUGAGGAGGUGUGA